UCCCCCGCCCCCACCGCCAGAUGACAGCAAAGAAGCCCUCGCCAUCGAUGAGGGGCUUGAUGACGACGCCAAGAGCCACCGGAGCAACGCCGCCAAGACCGAGGAGUCCGCCGACGAGAACAACGCCGAGACGUUCGCCGGCUUGACGACCCCGCAGGCAAGCUCCUAUGGUGCCACGCCUGUGCUGGGAAUGCAUCAGCACCAGGGGCCAUACGGUGGUGCUGGUGCUGGUGGUGCUGGUGGUGGUCAGAUGAACGGCAUGCAGCAGGGGGCCAUCAUGGUGCCAGUGCCCUACCCAAUCAUGAACCCCUACUUCGGCGGCGGCGCGGCCGCGGCCGCGGGAGCUGGGCCUGGUGGUGGGGGAGCAGCUGGGGGUGGUGGGGUUGUUGGGAGUGGUGGUGGCCAGCCGAUGGCCAUGGAGGGGGGGGAGAUGAUGGGCGAUGGACAUCCUGGCGGCUUCGGCGACAUGCAGCACUACCCGGCGUACCCCGGCGGCAUGAUGCACCAGGGAAUGGGCAUGGGCAUGGGCAUGGCUGGUGGUGGUAUGCCGUCGCCGGCGUCGCUGAAGCGUCGCGACGAGGCGGCGGCCAAGGCGUUGGUUGAAGAGCAGAAGAGGAAGCGGCAGGAGCACCAGGCUGCGCUGAGGAAGAAGGUCGUCGACAUGCUCAUGGAACAACUGUAAGACACACACACGCAGUGGGAGGGAGGGAGACAGAGAGAGGGAGGGAUGCCACUGAGAGGCGUGUCUCUCUCUCUCUCUCUCUUGUCAGUGAGACGGUGUUUGACGGCAAGUACCUGGGCCGCAACAUACAGCUGCGCAAGAGCAUGUGCCAGCAGACGGGAUGGGUCAGCGAGCAAACAACCACCCUCGUGCAAGCCCCCCUCCCCGUCAACCUCUCUCUCUCUCUCUCUCUGGUUCACUCAGGUGUCUCUGAGCAUCGUCCUGUCUGGAGGUCGUUUGGAGCAGUUCAUCCGGGAGCACCUGACUCCCGAGCUGCUGUCGUCCCUGCAGACACCUGCCGAGCGUGACUUCGACCACGUCGUGCUGCACCUUCUCCAGGACGCCAUCAAACAAUCCGAGAGUGAGCUAAGAACCAGCCGGCCACACGCAGCGAGCAUUGAAAAAGGUUGUAUAAUCUAUCAGUGUUGGAGCUUGAUGGCGAGGGCACCCGUCUCCGUCGGCAGCAUGACUGGAGCCUCUGGUUGCUGCCCGGCAAGAAGUUCGCACCCUCGUCUGUGGCCAAGGUACGCAGUCAGGCACACUUGCAACGCCGCGCCCACGCACCCCUAGUGCAAUGCACGUCUGUGUGUGCCUUUCCCCCCUAUCAGAAGGAGCAGCAGCAACAACAACAGCAGCAGCAACAGCAGCAGCAGCAAUCGGCCGCCACAUCAGCAGCAGGGAUGCUGGGCUCGAUGCCCGGGUCCGGUGCUGUGAGCGGGUCCUUGGCCGCCGCCAUGGCGCCCACCAUCACCCCCAAGAUGCACCUGCGGGAGACCUGA